AUGGCAUCCUCUCUCCGCUCUGUCAGACUGGCCCAGCGAGUGCCCCAAGCGCUCACCCGCGCUGCCCCGCGGCCACUUUCACCCAGCAUCACCAUCGCCCAACAAACACGCCGCCUCCUCAACACCGACACGGCGCCCGUCCUCUACAGCGCGCGCGCCAAGGUCGUCGGCGCGCGGACGGGCCACGUCGAGGGCGACGACCUCGUCGUGGACCUGACGAUGGCGAAGGCGCUCGGCGGCGCGGGCGACAAGGGCAAGACGAACCCGGAGGAGCUCUUCGCGGCGGGCUACGGCGCGUGCUUCCAGAGCGCGAUGAACGCGUCCGCGGCGAGCAUGAAGAUCACGAUGCCCAAGAAGCCCGAGGACUCCAUCGUCGACACGACGGUGCACCUCGUGGGCGACAUGAAGAAGCUCGACAUGGGCAUCCGCGUGGAGAUGAAGGUGCGCGUCAAGGGGUUGAGUGAUGAGGAGGUGCAGAAGGUUGUGGACAAGGCGAAGGAGGUGUGUCCGUACAGCAGGGCCACGAAGGGGAAUGUGACGACGACGAUUGAGGUGGUCAAGUUUGGUGAGGGUGGGGGGUCCAAGGGAUCUGAGGGCUCCAAGGGCGCAGACAGCUCCAAGGGCUCAGAGGGAGAAGUGGAUGGGGUGAGGCCCAAGGGUCACAGUGACUAUCAAUGA